CUGGUACCGUACGAUUUCGCCUUCUCUUUCAGACCGAUCGAUCAGGGAGCUUACACUUGUGAAGCGAUAAAUGUGAAAGGUCGAGUGUUGGCCACUCCUGACUGUAUUGUUCGAAUUGUGAACAUCCCCGCACCGGAACCACCACGCCCGCAGGUCAGAUGCGAUCCCCACGGAGCAGUGUCUUCGUAUCCAGACCACACUGGUACAUGUCCUUGCAAGCCGCUUGUCACUGGACCCACGUGCAGCGAAUGUCGCCCCGGUUCAUUCCAUUUGCAUGAAAAGGCACCUCAAGGAUGCUUGAAAUGCUUCUGCUUUGGAAUCACCGACAACUGCCGCUCCAGCAGUCACUACAGGACUCAGGUAUGGACAUUUUUGAUUCCGAUUUGGUUCUGUAUGUUCGUUCUUUGUUCAUUGUCUCUCCCGAUGGAUUCACUCUGA